AGCAAAUAUAAAAUGCACAGGGAAACGAAUAAAUAUGGUCGCCGUAUUUUGUGUAUUUUUAGAGCCACAGAGAAUUCACACUUUCUGUUGUUUUGACGCCCACUGCCUUUUGAGUCUCAGUCUUUUCAGUAAAUUAUCACCCACUGCAGUACGCCUCCAAUUUUCGUUGAUAAAGGGGGGAAAAACAUUUUCUCCUUUGACUUCGGCGACUGAACCAUUAAAUAAGGGGUAUGAAUCGCUGUGCAAAUUCAGCUCGUUAAAUUCUUGGAGAUUCGUUGGAAGAAUAAUUUUGGGGUUUCAUCGACUGCAGCAAUAUAUUCAAGGUGAAGUGCCCCUACCCAUCACGUCUUCGUCACUGUGGUUAUGGCCGAGAUCUUCGUCAGGACUCUGCCUAAAAGUAUUGGUGCGAAACGUCAACUAUUCAUUCCUUUCAAUAGUUGCUGCCAAAUCUGCUGAGUUUCUUCAUCAUUUUGUGUGUGUUGCUGUGGAUUUCCAGCAUCUGCAGAAUCUCUUAUGUUUAGGUUGACUGGGAAGAGCUGGGAAAUGAGACUGGCUUCUCUUACAAGGAGUUGAGAUGAAGUCCUAAAGGAAUUAUCACUGGCUGGAGUUGUGUAUAAAAGAACAGACAAGUCUCCCACGUCUCUCAGUCAGCUUAAAAAAUAGAAUCAGCAGAGCAGAUUAAUACAGACUUGAGUCUAGUGGCCCUUUGUACAAAGACUGGCUUUAAAGAGAACAUACUGUUAUUUAAUGAGCUAUAAGAUGAGGCCCCACUGGUGAUCCUUGCAGCAAAAGACGUCCUCUCUCCAGUCUGCUUGAUGUACACGAUUCAACACGGUGCAUUUGGAGUUGCUGAACUCGGAUUCCAAGACGGCUGCUGGAGAAAGGCCAUCGAACAUGCCUACGGAAAUGCUACAAGCAGAUAGCAUGGUCAAACCUGUUGGUUCGACAACCACGUUCACUUCAGCGGUUCCUCUUCGUAUCCUGAACAAAGGGCCUGACUAUUUCCGAAGGCAGGCAGAGCCCAACCCCAAAAGACUUAGUGCUGUCGAGCGGCUCGAAGCUGACAAAGCAAAAUACGUGAAGAGUCAAGAAGUCAUCAAUGCCAAGCAGGAGCCCGUGAAACCAGCUGUGCUGGCAAAGCCUCCCGUCUGCCCAGCAGUCAGGCGGGCGGCUGGUACCCCUUUGCAGAAGCUGUCUAAUAAUCACAAGGUGGACAGCAGUGCUAAAAGAGAGAACAUAAACCUGGAAAUCCUGAAAAACAUAAUUAAUAGUUCAGAAAGUUCUACCUCUGGCUCAGUACAUAAACACAGCACACGGAACUGGCCCCAGCAUAGACCUGCCUCCACAGAAAUUAGUCGGCGCACGUUCACAGAAUCCAUUCGCGUGUACAGUAAUCAAAGCCAGGGUAGCCCACAAGGAGGCAAUCUGAAUGUAACCAAAAGAUUGUUUGAAGACCAAGUUAGUGAUUCAGCCCUGCAUAUUUCUCGCAGUUCCGCUGAUGUGAGAAGAGUGGUGGAAGGGAGGCCGCUAAAGCCAAUACCCAGUAGCAGUUCUGCCCCUCCUGUUCUACCCAAACCUAAUAUUUCAACCUGUAAUGUGCCCAAGUCGCCGCCACAGCCCACCCCGGACUUGACAACCAACCCUGGCAGAAGGCCUUCACUCCACCGCUCCAAGUCUGACCUCAGCGAUCGAUAUGCUCGUGCCAAUGCAGACGUGGAGCGAUUCUUUAACUACUGUGGACUGGAUCCUGAAGAACUUGAAAACAUUGGAAUGGAGAAUUUCACAAGGGCAAAUUCGGACAUAAUCUCUCUGAACUUUCGCAGUGCAAGCAUGAUCAGCUCGGACUGUGAGCAGUCGCGACGAAGCAACGAUGACCUGACGGAUGAUGAAGAAACAAAUGACCGUGUUCCUUAUGGUAUUUCAGCAGUGGAAAGGAAUGCAAGAGUAAUUAAAUGGUUAUAUAGUUGCAAACAAGCUAAGGAAUCGCAGAAAAUAUCUCAUGUUUAAAGAAAGGACACAAGUUAUGAUGAUUCAAUUUUUUUUUAUUUUUAUUUUGUCUGUGAAUCUUUUUAGUUGUGAAGUCUACUGGAACAUUUGCAAAUUUCAGUUCCACUGUGAUGUUAGUUGUGUAUGUUCUCAUUGCAUGCUUAUCGAUCUAAACUCAGAAGUGGCCUCUAUUUCAAAACAUGUGAAGACAUGGAGAUGGAUGUUUCAACUCUAUUAGAUAUGUAACUAUAUAUGUGUCAGCCGGCCAGCACGAGGUACUAUGUGUACAUUUCAAACAAUUAUAUGAGAACAAAUGGCCUUGUUGCAGAUUUUUCUAUUCAUAAAUGUAAUCUGGGUAGUAAAGAUCAUUCUGUCUGAAACAUUGCAAUGACAGUCACAUUUAACUCGCCUCAAUCUGGAAAUGCAUGUUACAGCCCAUGUAACCUCCAAUGGUAGCUACUAGUCUAUAAGGCUGUCCAGUUUAAUGCAACGGCAUGGUACAGCUCUAACAAUCCAUGUCUUCCAGAGCUGCUUCAACUGCCCUUCUAAUUGUCUGCUGUAAUGUGCUGAGAAGUGAAAAAGUACAGCGGGUGACCUCGUUAACUAGUUCAUUGUUGCUUUUCAAUAUACUGCUGUGCUGCACUUCAUUUCAUAAAGAGACUGGUGUCUCAACUGUUGGGGAACCAGGUUUUUUUUGUAUUAAAAAUGCUGUAAAGGUUUGUAUAUACUUCAAAGCUGUUAUCAGAUCUGUAAAGAAGAGACUGCUAUAAUAAUAAAUAGUUUCCAGUUCAUUCAUCAUUUUUCUCGAUUUUAGCUUUCUUCCCCCCCCCCCAUUCUUUGUUUUAGCUUUGAUGUGAUCAUUUCAAAACAAAGUUUACAAGUUGUGACUUUUGCUGUUCUUUUCCUCAAUGAAUGAUUUAACAUAUACAGGCAAAUGUGCAAUGACAGCCGUUGUUACUUGGCAAAAUGUCACAUGACCCUAGGAUCAUAUUCUGCUCUUUGUAGUCAUACCUGCCACCAUAGUAAUAUCUCUUUAAAGACUAUUCUAAGGUUCAGUUGAGUUGUAGCCUUUUAAAUCUUUUAGCAUUGUCCUAUUAACCAGAAAAUCUUGAUGCCAAUUUGCAGCUGUUCUCUCAUCAUUCAGGCUGUGAAGGCAUGGGGUAGCAACCUUUACCCCUUUUGCUAUAUUUUUGGAAAUUCUACCUUUAAAUUUUUUUUUUAAUUUAAAGGCUUUCACAAAUCCUGUGCAUGGGGUUAUCUCCCCUGCAUGUUGCUAAGCUCACAAAUAAAAAAGAUGAUGCUGCACAAAGACUUGAUUUCUCAUUAGAGCUAUAGUAAUUUACAGAAAGAGCAGUGAAAUGAUUAUGAAUGAAGCAUCAUGGGAAUGAAGGCAGCACUUGUCUUGUAGUAAUGUCGAAGUUAAACAGUGAAUACUAGAAAUCUAAAGUUAAAACCAAAAUUGCAGGCCUUAUCCAAAUGAUGUUUAGCCAGUGUUUAAUAGUGAAAGAUGGUAAACUUCUCUGGAAAAACUGGUAAAUGAUCUCAACAUGAAGCAUUCAAUUUAUAUUUUUAGAUACUAUUCAGUUGGGAGCCUUUGGCAGUUUCUACAGAGACAGUAACCUUACUUUCAUUUUCAGAUGCUGACUGGAUGCCCAGUGUGCAUUUUUUGUUUUUUUUAAUGUAGUAUUUUCAUUGUGCUAUUGUUCAAAUAAGUCUGUAUUGUUAGAUUUGCCAGUUUGUUAUCUUUCGUUCGUAAACCUUGUAACUUUUUGGCUUUUGUAUUUGUCAUAAAAUAUAAUCAAAUCUUUCCACUUGAAACUUGUAAAGCAAAAAUUAAUGACCAUUUACCUGUGCACUCUUUUUUCUGGCUCUGUAUUGUAAUCUCUUUUUCUAAGCACAAUUAAGUUUGCAGAAUUUGGGACUGGUACUACUGACCACAUCUCAACUGGAAAAACAAAUUAAUGGCUAACAAUUGUAAGCUUGGUGCUUUCUUUUUACUAGCUUUUUAAUAAUAAAACGUGAUUGUGUUUCUGCA